GGAGGGACUCCCUCAUUUACAGAAGUGAAAAGUUCCUGGUUUGUCAGUGAAGAAAGAAGAGAGGACGCAUUCAACCACCAGAACAUCAAAUAUGAAAGUCCUCCAGACGCUGAUGUGCUUCUUCUUCCUCUCACUGUGGGAUGGAAACACUGGUUUCAUCGAGGCAGAAGUCCAUACGGGAACUGAAGGAGGAAACAUCACCAUUUCGUGUAACUUCUUUUUCCCUCGAAGCAAGAGGAUCUUCUGCAGGAGAGAAUGUGAAGGAAAAGACCUUCUUGUUGAAACAACUGACAGCAGCGCUCAGCGUGGCAGAUACAGCAUUCAGCAUAAAGCAGCAGAUAGUCUGUUGGAUUAUUCAGUUAUGAAUGUGACCAUCAGAAACCUGACUAAGUCUGACUCGGGAUGGUACAGAUGCAGACUGGAAGAAACUGUUCUUUUUAAUUCAAAAAAGGACUUUGAGAUCAGAGUGCAGAGUGAAGAUGCUCGAGUCACUUCAAAACCAAAACCGAACCUCCGACCUUCAACAUCCACACCGACAACAACACAGAGUUUGAUCUCCAGCCCAGGAAGCUUCACACAUCCAUCAGCCUCCCCUGAAACCACCAACCAGCCUGAGCAUCCACAGCCAGCUGCAGGUGUGCUGCUGGCCGUGCGUCUCACUCUGAUGGUCACGACCAUCGUGUUGUCAGCAGCUGGGCUGAUCUUCUGCAGGAGGAGGGCCGGCAAAGCCAACGAACCUCCUGCGGGACCUGAAUGUGCUCGUGUCACAGAGGUCCAGCUGCAGCCCAUUCUCAGAAGAAACCAAGAGAAAAGCGUGUCCGGAUUCUAACUUUGAGCCUGGACAACAGCAGGAAGACUUCACCCACUGAAUAAUCUGUAAUGACUGUACAGUGGAAGGAAUUUUUUAAAACCAAACUGGGCGACAAACCAGACUUCCUUCCUAUACUUCAUCAUUCAGUACAUAAUAAUAAUAAAAAACUAUAAAAAUGUCAAACAUCAUCUCAAUAAAAUAACAAAUUUAUAAAUAAAAUGUGUUAAUAAGGUGCAGAUUGUUUGCAGUGCAGACAAACUUUUGUUGGUGCCACUUCAUAAGCAAAUUCUACAUAAACCAGCAGGUGAUGGAGUGUUCACAGGAACAGGAGGGGAGGAGAGGUAAGUACGAGUUGUUUGGAGGAGGGACUCCCUCAUUUACAGAAGUGAAAAGUUCCUGGUUUGUCAGUGAAGUAAGAAGAGAGGACGCAUUCAACCACCAGAACAUCAAAUAUGAAAGUCCUCCAGACGCUGAUGUGCUUCUUCUUCCUCUCACUGUGGGAUGGAAACACUGGUUUCAUGGAGGCAGAAAUCCAUACGGGAACUGAAGGAGGAAACAUCACCGUUUCGUGUAACUUCUUAUUCACUGGAGACAAGAGGAUCUUCUGCAGGAGAGAAUGUGAAGGAGAAGACCUUCUUGUUGAAACAACUGGCAGCAGCGCUCAGCGUGGCAGAUACAGCAUUCAGCAUAAAGCAGCAGUUGCUCUGUUUUUUCCAGUUAUGAAUGUGACCAUCACAAACCUGACUAAGUCUGACUCUGGACGGUACAGAUGCAGACUGCACAGAAAAUUUCAACCAGAUUCCAAAGAGGACUUUGAGAUCAGAGUGCAGAGUGAAGAUGCUCGAGUCACUUCAAAACCAAAACCGAACCUCCGACCUUCAACAUCCACACCGACAACAACACACAGUUUGAUCUCCAGCCCAGGAAGCUCCACACAUCCAUCAGCCUCCCCUGAAACCACCAACCAGCCACCAACCACCAACCAGCCUGAGCAUCCACAGCCAGCUGCAGGUGGGCUGCUGUAUGUGGGAUUGACUCUGGUCGUCAUGAUCAUCAUUUUAUCAGCAGCCAUGGUGAUUCUCCUCAAAAAGAGGGCCAGAAAAUCCAAAGAACCUCCUGAGGAAGCUGAAUAUGUUAACGUCACAGAGGCAAACCGAGAUUAUGAGAUCAUAGAAGACAAACCGAACAGAUCUGGUCCUGUAGAAUUAUUUACAGUAUACACUUGUGCUUCAAUCACCGAACCAAAUGCAGUUGAAACCACAGCAGCAAACUGUACUGAAGACUUGGGGAAAGUUGUCUACACUGAGGUGGAUUUUUCCAACUGUACAGCUGGCUCGCUCAACAGCGCCCCCCGUGGCGAUGCAGAUGAUGUCAUCUACUCUGUGCCUCGGGCAGCAGCCAGCUCGGACGCUUCACCGGCUCUGUACUCUACUGUUACGUUACAGUAGCUGUAGCUUCAGCAUCUGCUCUCUCAGUGGUCAACAUCUGAACGCAAACUGGACUGAAUUAGUCGCACCAAAAUCUGUUCUUCCCUGUGACAACCUGUGAGAAGUUAAGUCUCUCGCACUCUUCAGACGAGCUUCAGCGCUCAUCCUACUGCUGGCUCACAUUUACGUGUACUGAAGACCACACCGGAGACGAGUGUUUUGGUGUGACCUCCAGUCGGCACCACUGAGCUCAGUUUAAGGCCAGUUCACCCCAAAAUUAAAUAUACACAUUCCUCCUCAAGAACUUGACUGGCCCACACAGAGCCCUGACCUCAACCCCAUCCAACACCUUUGGGAUGAACUGGAACGGAGAUUGUGAGCCAGGCCUUUUGGUCCAACAUCAGUGUGUGACCUCACAAAUG